AUGGCGAGAGGGAAGCGCGAUAGCGCACAUGUCUGCAAGACAUUGGACUCCAUGGACAAAUCGGGGCAGCACGCCAUAAUCGGAACUGGACAGCGUAGGAAGGACAUUGACACUGCCUCCACGUCCCCCGAGUCUAACUCUGUCAACCCCGACUACGGGGCUGCGUACGCCUGGAACAACUCCGCCCACGUGACGGACCUCAAGGAUGUGAAGGGCUCCAUCGGAUCGAAGGGCGGCAAGCGCUCAUCGUGGGAGGCUCCCGCUUGGGCGACCGCCCAGUCGGACAUGACCACCAACAGCGGCACCAACAAUGGAUCGGACGAUACUGCCGUCACCUUUUCCAAGCAAGUGCCUGACGGCAUGCGCUUCAAAAGCGACACCGGAGGCCUGUACCGAAACCGGCAAUCGGCAGUGUCGAGUGAGGGGCCGAAUAUGAUGUUUUCUAAGGCUCAACGUGCGAACUCGUUUUCAGGAUCGGCAUCGUACGGUGGCGGCGCGGAUGCGUAUUCCGACGCCGGCCCGUAUAAAGCACACGGUAUCGCCUCUUCACACGACCCCGCGCUGGCGGAAGCCGCUGAGCAGCUCGCCAGGUACGCGGCCGACCUGCGCAGGAAGCGAAACGCCAACGCGAAGUAUCCUCACGAGGCGACGUCAUAUACGAACAACAAGUAUGCCUACGAGCUAGGACCCCUCGGGUUUCCCACCGUCUUCAGGGACACGGAAUCGGAAGAAGUUGUCAGAAGCGAUACGAGCACCAUGCCGCUGACGAUAUUUUCCGCGUAUACCCCAUCGCGUCUGGAGGACAACGCCAUCGCAGUGCAACCGUCGGACAAGGUUGACCUCUUAGCGCGCCACAACCACUGGCUCUACGUCAGAAUCGCGAAAUCGGAGACUCCUGACGCCGUGGGACGCACCGGCUGGAUUCCCGAGAAGACGCUCCUCGAGCCGGAACUUUUUUCGCGGCGUCUGCUGCACACGGGCAACCGCACACACAUGUUUAAUAAAUUCCUAUAG